GAGCUCGAGUACUAGUACUCUUGGCAGCACUGGAACCCGAUGCGGAAGGCUUCUUGGUCUUCGACUGGGACGCAGUACUAGUUUCGCAACAUGCACAAGCUUCUUAGCCUGUGUGGCUGCCUCCGCCGCUUGCUCCUGUUCGGCCUCGAGGCGCUCAGCAACCAGCUCACUCGACGGUCGCCGUGGAUUUUUGAGGCAGCAGAAGUAGCGAGGGUGAAAGGAUUCAAGUUCGAAGGAAAAUGUAAGAUAGAUGGGAGAAAGGAGAAAUGUCGUACACUCGUAUGGCGAGAUGCGCUGGCAGCAACUCGCCGCAUUUGUUUGAACUCCGGCAGAUAAAAGCGUGAUCUGCAGGUCGUCUCGGGCACCUGCAAUCAGAUUAUACCCAA